UCUCAAACCCGAGUCUGUUAAACCUUACAGCCUCUGACUGAAACUCCUCAGAAAGUCAGACACAGUUUGGGGUGUUUCUUUUUACACAGCAGUAGCUCCAGUCUGUCCUUUUGUAAUGUUGGUCACAGUUUGUGUCUCUGAGCCUCAUGAAGGUCUUUCUAGAUGAUCAGCUCCAGGUUUCAAAGGAGGACUGAGAGGGACCUUUGAGACAGACAAGACCAACACAGAGGAGGAAGAAGACCAGCAGGGAGACAGACUUUGAGUGGGCAUGUCUUUGUAUUUUUAUUGAGUGGGCUUAUCCUUGAGCAUCCACCUGAUUGGACGGCUGAAUCUGAUGUCAUGAGGUCAUGUCUCUUAACGGAAACCUGUCAGGAGAUCACGCCAACUCUCUGAGACUUUGCUGAGGUUUGAACAUCCAAGUCUGUGACUUUAUAUGUUUGAAAUAUGGAUCAGUAUCACAGGCCUAAAUUCUGAUCCUCUUCCUCACAGACCAGAUUAGAUGAGGCCUUUAGUGAAAGCAGGUCUGCUUAGUCCAGGGUCAUUAAUACACUGUCAUGACCUGCCUGUACCUGAGUGAUAAACCAUAUCAGUCAGCUCAUUUAUUGAAGUCUGACAGGUGACGCAGGUCCUAUCAGGGCACAGAGAACCGAUCCCCAGCCAGAAACUCGAGAUCAACCAUUUACCUUUAUUAUUACUUUAUUAGACCAUCAUUAUUUCCUGUAAUGAACCAAACCACCCUCAGUGUGUGUGUGUGUGUGUGUGUGUGUGUGGUUUCCCAGCAGAUGUAAAUCAGUCUCACCUUCAGCCUCACCUUCAGUCUCACCUGCUCUGAAGUUAUUAGAGGUAUCAGUCCGUCACCUGCUAUCAGCUGAACUUUGACCCUGCUUAUUAGUCAUUGAUGAGUCAAAUAUAAAUCCGAACCAGUCUACAGAGACCCGGGACUCUCUUCUACCUGAGGACAGAUAUCCACACCUGCAACAGGUGAGCCACAAAAAACUAAGAAUCUACUAAACAGACGGAGUAAAAGCUGAAUGUUGCAUUAGAAACAGCUGACACGUCUGAGGCUGCUUUUCUAACCUCAUUUCUUCAUCUCAUUCACAGAGUCACCGUGAAGAUAAUCAUCUGAUCUCCAGAUACCACCAUGAAAGUCCUCACAGGUACUUACUCACUCACUCACUCACUCAGGCUUUUUCUCAAAGGGGGACCCAGCUGACAUAAAUGAACCCUCAAAGUCACCUUAGAUCCUCAUGUUCAUUUUAAAGUCUCUGUUUCAUUUGCAGCUCUGGGCGUCCUGCUCGUCCUGCAGAUCGGUGAGUUAAACACCCGUCAGUUUCAAUCCAUUUUUUUUUUUUAUCAUAUAAUGAAAGUCAAAUCUCCUCACUACUGCUCUGUCCUCAGCUUCAUCCACCAAACUGGUGUGUCACAUGACCAACUGGGCCCAGUACAGGCCCGGCACUGGUAGAUUCACCCCCGACAACAUCGACCCAUUCCUGUGCACACACAUCAUCUACAGCCUGGCUACAAUCAACAGCUUCAACCAGAUCAGCCCCGUCGAGUGGAACGACGAGCAGCAGUUCGUCCGCCUCAACGUGCACAAGAACGUGUGAGUGUUCAGAAAACCAGUGGGAGAAUUAACAUCAUUAAUACCAAUAUUCACCAAUAUUCACUGAUAUUCAGUGGUCGUAAUUAUUUAAAGAAUCUGUUAAAAUCCUAAAGAGAGUGAAAGAGACAGCGACAGCCAAUGAGGAGCCGGAAUAUCCGGAACUAAAGAACUAAAGACUCUGAGUCAUUCAGUGAUAAUGAGGUUAUGACUGUGUGUGUGUGUGUGUGUGUGUGUGUGUGUGUGUGUGUGUGUGUGUGUGUGUGUGUGUCCUGUCAGUAACCCUGAUCUGAAGACUCUGCUGUCUGUGGGAGGAACAGUCAAUGGGAUCAGCCCGUGAGUCUAACUCCCUCAUCAUGAACAUCAUCACACACCAAGUCCAUCACUCCACCCUCUGACGCUGUCUCUUACGCCCCCUGCAGGUUCAUCGGCAUGGUGUCCACAGCUGAAAACAGAGCAACCUUUAUCAGGUCAGCUAUCAGCUACCUGAGAGCUCAUAACUUUGAUGGUCUUAACCUGGCCUGGGAGUAUCCUGCACACAAUGGCAGCCCGGACGACGACAAGACCAGGUUCACUCUGCUGGUCCAGGUCAGUGUGGACCUCCUGUUUUAGUUCAUGUUUUAAAAUCAGGGCUGGUAAAACCCGGGACAGGAGCCACACAUAUGAGCAGGGAGAUAUAUCAUCUGGACGGACACUCAGUUCACACUUUAUCUUCUAAAAAAUAUAUAUAUAUAUAUAAUUAUUUUAUUUAUUUAUUUAUAUAUACAGUAGUUCACUACAGUGGCAACAGUGCACUACAUUUCCACUCAUUCACUUAAUAAAGCACCUAAAGACAUAUUUUUUUUAACAUUUUAUAUUAUUUUACGUCAGAGGGCAUUUUGUUUAUCCCCUGAUGAGAUGUGUGUUCUAGAAGGCAGGGUUCUAGAAGGUUGGGUUCCAGAAUGCUGGGUUCUGGAGGUCUCUGAAGUUUCCUAAAGUGACAAACUGGAUUGUGUCUCCCAGGUUGUAUUGAGUGAUAUUAAGUGAUUCCCACUGCGAGGGCUCGGGCCUUGUUUGCUGUUUUCUGCAUGUUUAAGAGCCUUUCAGGUAUUUUGACAUACUUGAAGGUGACAGAGGGAUAGGUGCCCCCCUUGGCCCCCUCUGGACCUACCACUGCUGUUUCGCCUGGUUUAUAAGUUUAGUGUUUGUAUUUCAGCUCAUCUUUACAUCAUCUCCAACAGAACAGAAGCUCGUAGAUGUCCAUGUGCCGUUGUGAUUGUAGUCCACCACACUGAUGCUGUGUCCGUGGUGCUGUCGUAGGAGACCAGCCCCUCUGAGGUGUUUGUUUGCGUCUCUCUCUGUCUGCAGGAGCUGGUAAAAGCCUUUGAGGAUGAUGCCAGAGACACCAGGAAGACUCAGCUGCUCCUGUCAGCUAGUGUUGCUGGUUUCUAUUCCACCAUCAAUGCCGCCUACGAGGUCAUCGAAAUUUCAGCGUGAGUUUGACUUUUACCUCUUACUUCCUGAAAGUACUGAAUCAAAGGCAUCCUAGUGGUGAAGUGCUACCCAGCCCUCCUUGGAUCAAGUCCUCCAGGGACAAGAUGUUGAUUUAAACUGAUUUCAUGAAAGUGCUGAUCCAAAAUUUUAAACCAACAGCAAACUGGACUUCAUCAAUGUCAUGACUUACGACUUCCAUGGACACUGGGAGGCACGCACGGGACACAACAGCCCUCUGUACCGCAGCUCUCUGGACUUAGGCUCACACAUCCAUCACAACAUCGUAAGCCCAAACACACCCCGCUAAUGUCACUGUGAGAAUACUGGGUCAGACUGAUGGACUGAUGGUCUUUGUCUCCAUCAGAACUCCUCCAUCAGUCUUUGGAUAGCUAAGGGAGCACCUGCUGAGAAGCUGCUGUUGGGAUUCCCCACCUAUGGUCGGACCUACCGCCUCAGCACUGGUGCCAAUGGUCUGGGAGCCCCGGCUAACGGUCCAGCUGAUGCAGGACCCUACACUCGCACUCCCGGGUUCUGGUCCUACUAUGAGGUGAGUCAGAGUCCCGAUAGUUCUGUUUUUCUGUUAAAACAAUAUGUCAUUUAGAGUGUUGGCUGCAUGACAGACGUUAAGUUGAAAAAUGUGAGAUCCACCUAUACUGGUCCAAUGAAGUCUCAGUACUGCUGCUAUGUUUGUUGAUUCGUCACCAGCAUAGACUGUAUAUACUAUAGACAAGCUGCUUCUGCCAAAAAGCCAAAAAGCUCUCGGUAAUUCCAGGAUUUUUCUUCAUUUCCUCAAACAAGCACUUUGCAGUAGCGUUGUGCGCAUUCGGCCACGCAGUUGCAGAGAGUCACUGUGAUGACGCUCGGCUCAAACAGCGUAUCCACGGGAGAGCUACUCGAUCCCUGAACGCCCAUAGGCUGUGUCAGGUGUCAAUCAUAGCAAACGUGAACCCCCUAAUAACUUUUAAAAACGGAGCUUCACAGAAAAAAGAGGACUUGAGCACAAACCAGUCUUACAAUAACUAAAUGUCAACAUCGCAAGCAGGGGGGAGAAAAAUUUAUGUUCUGUGUAAUAAAUUUCUAAAGUUGGUCCACAGCUCCAUAAGCUUUGCUGGCAGAGGCGGGAUUUAUGACCUAUACUGCAGCCCAUCAACAGAGGGUGCUGUUCUCGGAGUGGCUUCACCCAGCGAGGAGGCAGACUCUGUCCAUUCUUUAUACAGUCUAUGGUCACCUGGCUGAGGCCGAACCUGUCCAGGAAGCAGAUCAGAUCUCUACAUGUUACAACCUCCUGUUCUCCUCCAGAGUAGUCAGGUCCUUUGAAGUGCAGUGUGAUCCAGAUCAGUAAAGGUAACCCAUUCUGAGCCAUAAACCAACAGAUCCAACAGUGAGGAGUUUUUUCCUUUCCUGAGUGAGAUCAAGUAUAUGAGACUCACAAAGACGAUCCAACAUGAACUUUCUGGAUCUGGUUUGAGUUAGAGGAGUUUGGUCAGUCCUUCAUCUACUGUUGUCAAGUCUUAGCCUGAAAAAAAGAGGUCUUUCUCAAUCCCACACAGACCAGCAUCAUUCAGACAUUCACUAUCAGGUCCAAAUGUUGGUCUUCUUCAGGUGUUUGGGUCUUGGUCAAUUUAAUCCUAAGUUUUUCUGACUCUGUUUUGUUCCUGCUGUUGCCAGAUCUGUGACUUCAUCCCUCACUCCACUGAGCACUGGAUCCCUGAACAGGAGGUCCCUUACGCCACAUUCGGCUCUUCCUGGGUCGGCUAUGAUGACCUGCGCAGCUUGGCUGCCAAGGUAACCAGGACUUAAAACCAUGUCACAGUGAUCAGUUCAGGAGCUAUGGUUCUCUGCAGCAGGUUCAUCUGUUCAUGUGUCCAUCAAUCAUGUCUGCUCUCUGUGAUGUUCUCCUGCAGGCUGAGUGGGUGGCUGAGAACAGACUGGGAGGUGCUCAUGUCUGGACUCUUGACAUGGAUGACUUUGUGGGAAUCCCCUGUGCUGGUGGACCUUAUCCUCUCACCAACAGUCUGAGGCAUGCCUUGGGUAAAUCCUGAACUGUCUCCUUUGCCUCUACUGUCUCAUACUUUUUAUUUACUGAAUUAACUGAAGGAACACCAGAGACACAUGAAUUCAUCAGUAAAUGUCUGUUUCUGCAGGAUUCCCACCAAAGCCCACCACCACCCCAGCCCCCACCACCACCAGAGACCCCAUAGCUGAUUUCUGCCGUGGUCGCCCGGAUGGUUUGUACACCAACCCAGCUGACAGGACCACCUACUUCCAGUGCUUCCAGGGGAAUACCUACCUGCACCGCUGCCAGCCUGGACUCAUCUACUGGGACUCCUGCAAGUGCUGCAACUGGCCUUGA